UUUUGAGCAGACAAGUGGCUGCUGAGAUGAGGAUGCACAAAACAAACAGACAAAGAUGUGUGUGUUACUGUGCUCAGUGUGAGGAGAUAUUGGUGUCAGGAGGCCUUCUGUCUGCCCACACACAUCACAUAUAGACUGUACAGGCCUCGAGCGCAUCCAACCUUCAAAUUGUGCACCAAAAUAUAAUAAUGGAACCGUUUUUCUGUAAAUUAGCUGCUUUUUUUUUUUUAAAUGAAAGGCCUGAUGAAUUUUUAAAGAGUGUCGAUAGAACUGCAGACUACAAUUGUUAUUUUCAGCCCUCCGUUUAGGGGAUCAAAAACACGCCUAAUGUUUUAUUGAUGGUCUCUUCCUAGAAAAAAAAAGUCCUGGUAAAUUUAAGUUAGGGUCAGGCAAUGUGUAUGGGGAUGAAAUAUUAACAAGCAGCUAAAUAUUGCAGAGAAGCACCUUGUCAAUUGAGCAGCACGUCUCACUGGUCCUUUCUUUACUGGCUGCUGUGAUAAUAAUACGCGCUAACCUUGCUAAACAAAACCACCAUGGUUGACAAUCACGCGGCCAUAAAUGCACGCGUCCAUCAGCUUGCAUUUUUGGGGGGGAACAUUGUGUGUCUGCAGUCAACCAGCAAGCGAGUGAACAGCUUCUUGUGCAGAAGGCAUUUCAUAAGCCGGCAUCAAGCGUCUAUAAUUCAUGCACAAAGAGCCCGAAGGGGAUGCAGCUCAGCGUGGACGCGUGCGUGGGUGCGCGCGCGCGCCUCUGUGAAAAUAAUAUCGGGCCUUUCCGUCAGAGUGAACUUUACUACUGUAGCCAGCCAUGAAAUAAUCUGACCCGACACUUGAAACCAUCUGCGCUAUCUAUCCGCCCUCUUAUUUACUAAAUCAGCCUGAGCACAAAACGGAGUGUGGAUGAUACAAGCCUGCCAGCCACGGCCUAAAUACUAUUGUCAUUCAUGUUAAUAACGUGCGUGUCAUAGUUUGGGAUUAGGGAUGUCCGAUAAUGGCUUUUUGCCGAUAUCCGAUAUCCCGAUAUUGUCCAAUUCUUUAAAUACCGAUACCGAUAUCAACUGAUACCGAUAUAUACAGUCGUGGAUUUAUUAACACAUUGUUAUGCCUAAUUUGGACAACCAGGUAUGGUGAAGAUAAGGUCGUUUUUUUUUAAAAAUUAAUAAAAUAAAAUAAGAUAAAUUAAUUAAAAACAUUUUCUUGAAUAAAAAAGAAAGUAAAACAAUUUAAAAACAGUUACAUAGAAACUAGUAAUUAAUGAAAAUGAGUAAAAUUAGCUGUUAAAGGUUAGUACUAUUAGUGGACCAGCAGCACGCACAAUCAUGUGUGCUUACGGACUGUAUCUCUUGCAGACUGUAUUGAUAUAUAAUGUAGGAACCAGAAUAUUAAUAACAGAAAGAAACAACCAUUUUGUGUGAAUGAGUGUGAAUGAGGGGAGGGAGGUUUUUUGGGUUGGUGUACUAAUUGUAAGUGUAUCUUGUGUUUUUUUAUGUUGAUUUAAUAAAAAAUAAUAAUAAUUAAAAAAAAAAAAAGAUACCGAUAACAAAAAAAACGAUACCGAUAUUUUCCGAUAUUACAUUUUAAAGCAUUUAUCGGCCGAUAUUAUCGGACAUCUCUACUUGGGAUCAUAUAGGAGGCUGUGCGUGGUGCUGCCUUCUUGUGUGUUUGCAGACCGCGGAGGCUAAACGUCCUGACGCUCGAGCAAAAAGGUCAAAAUUUGAUUGUGUUUUGAAAAGGGAGGCGCUGAAAUCCGCGAUGCGCCUGAUUGGGCCAACUUGACAGUGAUUGACGUGCAGCCAUGGCAACCGGGCAGCCAAUCUGCCAAGUCCAAUAGGAAAUCAUCGGAGGGGGUUCGACUGUCUGUUUCUCCCCCCUUUCACAAAAAAAGAAAAGAAAGAAAAAAAAGACACCUCUGCCUCGGAUUUAAUCCUCUCCUACUUUCACCUUGAUCGCAGCCUUCUUUCCGCGUCCCUCCGAGUUGACCCACAGCGAGGAUGCGGUAGGCUGCCUCCACCCCUGCAGCGGCAUCCUCCUCCUCGUCACGCCGUCGCUCGUCUUCAACUUUGGGGAUUGCUUCAUCCGUGCGCGCGCGUGUGUGUGUGUGCGCGCGCGUCUCGGAUCGCCUUGGCGCGCGUAAAGGAGCCCAAGGAGUCGACGUGGAGGAGAGAGAGGAGCAAGGAGGAGGAGACCAGGGAGAAGAAGCCUCCAUGUUUCAGCUGCCCAUCUUGAAUUUCAGCCCCCAGCAGGUCGCCGGGGUGUGCGAGACUCUGGAGGAGAGCGGCGACGUGGGUCGCCUCGGCCGCUUCCUGUGGUCGCUGCCCGUCGCCCCGGCGGCCUGCGAGGUCCUCAACAAGAACGAGUCGGUGCUGAGGGCCCGGGCCGUCGUCGCCUUCCACACCGGCAAUUUCCGCGAACUCUACCACAUCCUGGAGAACAACAAGUUCACCAAAGAGUCGCACAGCAAACUGCAGGCGCUGUGGCUGGAAGCGCAUUACCAGGAGGCCGAGAAGCUGCGCGGACGCCCGCUGGGGCCGGUCGACAAAUAUCGGGUGCGGAAGAAGUUCCCGUUACCCAGGACCAUCUGGGAUGGAGAGCAGAAAACGCACUGCUUCAAGGAGCGGACCCGGCACUUGUUACGAGAAUGGUACUUGCAGGACCCCUACCCCAACCCCACUAAAAAACGGGAGCUCGCUCAGGCUACUGGACUCACACCCACACAGGUCGGAAACUGGUUCAAAAACCGAAGACAACGAGACAGAGCCGCCGCUGCCAAGAACCGGCUCCAGCAGCAGGUCCUGUCCGGCGGCUCUGUUCGCUCCCUGGCGGACGAGGACGGCACCGUGGACCGUCUGGGGAACUCGUCCAGUCCAGAGGCGAGCCUGUCCAGCAAAGCGGCGGCCUCGGCCAUUUCCAUCACCUCCAGCGACAGUGAAUGUGACAUCUGACCACUCCACGUCCCACUCCUGAUGGUUGCAAGGAACGGGGGCUGCGAGUGAAAGACAAUCCAAUAAACGACUCAUAGUGCCUGCACACACGGCUGCCAAAAAGACGAGAGGAUCUGUGAGGCCUAUAUACUUUUUAUUAUUUUGCAUCUAACACCCCGAAGGGGACAAGCGGUAGUAAAUGGAUGGAUGGCAUACAGACCGAGCCAUGCAGAUUCCUCCUUGAGUUGACAGAAGGCCUAAAAAUACAAAUAAAAAUGAGGAUAAUAAUAAUAAAUAAUGAUAAUAAUAACGAGCGCCUAUAUAACCUGCUGCUUACCACGUGGGUACUUCAUGUUGAACACAGAGAGAGAGAGAAAAAGAACUGUGCUAUUUUUACUUUACUUUCAAAGUUUUAUAAAUAAUGUUUAUUUGCCUAUUUAAAACCAUCUGCUCUGUCUUUUUGGAUGUUCCUUCAUGCUUGGUGUUUUUUAAUACUUGUGCACAGGUGAACCUUGUGAGCAUGCGCGCUUUAGUGGCAUUGUGUUUCAGUCAAAGGAACAAAAAAAAGUAACUUAAUAAAAAAAAAAAUUGUGGAUCAAGAGCGUGUAUAGUUUUUUUUUGUAAUUGGUGUUUUGGAUAUUAAAAAGACAUUUGCCUUAUUUGGGUUUAUGCAUGUCUGUACGUUUCACGGCAGACCUAAUUGAGCAACGUAGUGUGCGUCGGUAAUGCAGGGUGACAGCGAGGGGUCAGCGAGGGGUCAGCGAGAGGCCGACUCAGUAACCCGGAUGAUGUGCGGAGAGAGAUCAUGCAGAUGAAAACACAGCAGAUUGCGGACGUGCUCGAUCGAGCCUUAUUACCGCGCGCAUGGACGCACACUCUUCAUCAAUCUUAAUGCAGCCAUGUGCAAACGUCUAAAUAUGGCGUUCGCAAAAAUGAGAACAUGAAUUACAGGUGUUGGACUUGUGCAUUUUGUUUUGGGACAUGCAGUGGAAGAAGCAUUGCUGAUUCUAUUAUUGCAUUUGACACUUGUACUUUCCACUUUGGUCACUUCCUAUACGUUUUAGUGUAAAACUAACAAAAAAAGUAGCUUUUGUGUGCAUGUUUUUCUGCUAUAUGUUGGAUGAUGCUUUAUUUUCUUCCUCGCUAACCUCCUGCAGUAGACCCAGGACCGCCCCUGGCUAAAUAUAGAACACAUCUUCACACAUUUUUAUUAAUGUCAAACCAUUUUACACUUUUUAAAAUCAAAGUUGAACUUGAUUUCAAGCAUGUUUUGUACUAAAACGAAAUAAAUUGUUCAAAUAUUUAUGUUUUAGUGCAAAAUAAAACAUGAAAUAUAAUUCAAACAUAAAUGUGCAUAUCUUCCUGACAUAUGUAUAGGACUGUUUACAAGCCCAGCACUAAUAUGGAGACAAUGACAAUGCGAGUAGCAAUUUGCCAAUAUAUUGACAGAGCAGGAAGGGGCAUGGAAUGCGUUUGUGUAAAAUUGCAUAUGAAGUGCCCUGUCAUUCAUUACCUGCUAUUUUCCAUGCACGACUGCACACAAAACGGUGCCCCCACAGAUCAUGGGUCCCUACGCACAGCGUAUGUUUUGCCUAUAAGGAGGGAGUUCCCAAAAUGCUUGAAAACAUUUUUUUAAUGGUCAGAAAAUGUGUUUUUACCCCUGCAACCCUGAGAGGGACAAGCGGCAGAAAAUGGAUGGAUGGAUGGAUGGCUGUAAUAUCCUGCAGUGGACAUUUUCAUCCAUCAUUUGUUCUACUGUUUUGAUGAGAGUCCUCAUGGCAAUGCUGCAGCCGACAAUAGAAAAAUGUGUAAAAAAAUAACUUCACUUCAAUCUAUCGAUUUAACACUUAAGAACCUUGGCAUGCAGGGCACCUUUGAAAACACAAUAGCAUACUUUUGUGCCCAUACAGCAGCCAUUUUGCGAGGUAUUAAUCGUCUAUUUCAGUGAUUUUGUACCAAAAGUGGUACGCGGGUUACAUCUAGUGGUACACCAAAUAAUCACUUCAUUAGAUAUUUAAACACAGUAUUACUGUUCAAACUGUGUGUAAUGUGACAGUGGUCAAAACUAUUAAAUAUACUCGUAAAAUAACACCGCUGCCUUGUUUUUAAUUAUUACAACGCUAUUGUAUUUUAAUGUUGGUCAUUAGGAUGCAUGCGACCCGUUAAACUUUUCAAUCUGGCCUGCCGGACAUUCCCAAAUAAUUGUUUUAGAUCUUUAAGAUGGAAACAGUAGCCGCCAUUAUGAUGUGCAGUGAUGUUUUCAAAUUACCGUAAGUAUUGAACUAUACAAAGUAUUUCAAUGGUUGGAAUCUGCGCUAUUGCGUUAUAUAUAGUAAUCUAAGUCACAGCAGCUGAGAUUGAGGUACCAAGCAGUGUGGGUGGGGAGCGUUUCCACAGAG